AUGAAGGUAUUAUCCAAGAAUCAAGGAAGAGAUGCAGAAGCACUUGGUGAUGCAAUGCUAAAACAGGCCUUAGUUGGUCCUGCUCCAAAUCAGCUGAUCCUCUCAUACUUGAGGCACUCCUUGAGUGCUGGUAUUGUCUCCCAUUCAACUGUGCUCCUAAGCAUUAGCCAAUAUCAAUCAUUUGUGAAGCUGAGAUGUGUAUCUGGGAUCCUCACUCUCCUCCAAGAUAUCUUGCCUUUGUUGAGGAGCCCUGCAUGUACUGAAGAUCCUAUGUCACUAGGCAAUCCCCUGCUGUCUGUUGUUGGCUGGCUUCUAACAUGUUUUUCCAAAUGCAGUGGCCUCUGCACAACAGAGCUGAGGUCUUCACCUGAUCAUCUGAAGAUAAUCCAAAAAGUUGUCCAGUGUCUCAAAUCCAUCCUUGAUGAUGACUUCCUCUGUGGUAUCCUUAUCCUCUCUUGCAAGGAAGAUGCAGAUAGUUAUAGUGAAGUCCUGAUGUCUUGUGAAGAAGUUAAAGAUGUCCAAUAUGAUGAUGAGGACCUUCAAUUUGUUCUCAGGACCCUGGAAUCUUUUGGAGCAAAAUCUUCUCCAACUGCUCAUGGACCUAAGGAGAGAAGAAAUGAAACUACUUCCUGUUUAGACUAUACCAUUCAUGGCUUGGUAUCCCUUCAUGCUCUCUUCCGUCUUACUGAAGAACCAGAAGUGGUUUCCCAUGAGUUCACAACCUUGGCAAGAGCCCUGGAUAUCCAACCAAGGUCCCUGUACUGUGAAAUCAUGAGAUCCUGCUACUUGGGACUCUCAGAGGCAUCUGACAGUUCAGGAAAUCUCCUGUAUGCAGCAUUCUUGUUCCUGAAAAUUCCCAGUGUGUUUCUCCAUCUCCAUAGCCACUUCACAGGUGCAACAGUGAGUGGUGAUAAAACAUCAGCUCCUUCUGCAGACCUCAUCUCUGCUUGUGAAGAUCUUAUAACAUAUGUAGCUCUCCUUGAUGUGGUGGAUGCCCAGUGCAACUGCAAUAGCUUGGAGUCCCUUCUACAAGAGCUACAACGAACUGGCUUGCUCUCUGAGGAAAUGGUGACUCAGUUCUUAGAGAAGAGGCAAAAUGAAUCUCAGAGGGUUGCAGGAAUGGAUUUUCUGAAUCCUGCAUCAGAUGGGAAUACCAACAUGAUAGCAUUGAUCCGAAAAGCAGCCCCAACCAUACCUACUCUUCUGAAAACCUUGACUCAUUCUGACAACCCACGAAUCCUGGAGGUGUUAAGCAAUGUUGUGACAUCAAAGACCUUUGAACUCAUCUUCACAGCAACUGGGGCAGAAUGCCUCAUUCCAGCAAUAGUGGAAAGAUUGAUCAAUUUCUUGGAAGAUAAUCGUAGCCCCUGUGGUGAGAAUUCUCAAGCUUCAGGAAAUAGGGCUGCGUUGUUUGACUUCUCCUUCCUACUUCUGGUUUACAUCUUGCAGAGGUUUCCUUCCACUCUGGCUUUACACAGAAGAGGAGAGACUCGGAGGUUCUUUGACAAAUGGGUGACACUCUGCUUCCCUGAGAAGAGGCACAACAUGGAUCCACAUCGAAUGACAGCUGAGGUGGAGUCAGCAAAGACUGAAGCUUUUCUUCAGCAGCUGAAGACCUGUGAAUCAGACAUGCCAACAAGUGGGAUGAAAUGGGAUGAAGCCUGUUGGAGUAGCAUAUCUGCCUGCCAGGAAAUUCUCGUGGCAUGGGAGACAGGAUCCCUUCAAGAGGGUGAUGUUCAGGGGCUCAUGGACACCAUCCGCAUCCACAUGGGCUGCAUGGCAGUUUCAAUUGCCUAUUGGCUUCAUGCCCACAUUCAGACACAACCUGAAUCAUCACAAGGAAAGCCACAGAAGAUGCUGGAUAUGAUCAUGUCUCCUGUUGAAGAAUCUCAUCUUCAAGCAUCACAGAUGCGUCACCCUUACACAGCUGAAAGGUGGGGCCUAACACUCAAUGUCCUGAAGUGGUUGAUGGAAGAAUUGAAAGAAGAAGAAAGAUGCCCAAAGGAGCCUUUGAAUGUGCAGUUGCUGAGAAUUUGGUCAGAAGUGCAGCUGAAGGAAUGGUUCACACCCUCUGCCAUGACUCAACUGAAGCGGCUGUAUGAUUUUGGUGGUGUUCACUGGUUCUGCAAAUCUCUCAUUGAGGCAACAGUUGCAGCCACAUACAAGGAGGAAGUAGAGAAAGGGUUGUCCCUUGCUCUUGCAGCUUUUCACAUUGAUCUCAUCCAAUGCGCAAUUAUGCUCCUCUCUCGAAUCCUCCCAGAUUACUUACUUCUGGAUUCAAAGACUGAAUUCCUCUGUGAGCCUCGAGGUACUGCUCUUGCCAAACUGACGGUUACCCUCACUUACUUGGCUCUCUCUACCAUUCAACAAAAGCAAGCAAAGAGAGAAAACCAGAAGAGGAAACUCUCAGAGUCUGAUGAAGUUGAAGAAGCUCUGAUGAGCCUGGAAGCAGGACGACCACCUCCUAUCAAGAUCCGACGGCUUGAUGGAGAUUCUGACCUCUAUUUUGAAGAGGUCUACAUGAGAUCAGAUGAAGGGGAAGGAAAGGAAAAUCCCUUGGAGGCAGCAAUCCAUCAGCUCUUUGCUCUGUUCUCUGUGAUCUCCCAGGAGACACAAAUUAGUUCCCGCCUGUUCUUUGUGGCAGGCUUCCUCAGGGAAGUCAUCCUCUGCUCCCAUGAUCAAAAAGAUGCAUUCUUGCAACACAUUCCAUCAGAAAUGCUGUUGGGAUUGAUGCACACAGUCCCAGAAAAGGUGGGGUGUAUCUUGGACCUCUGCGACUUGAAGUCUGACACUGGACGACAGGUGGCAGCCCAACUUCUCUAUCUCAAGCAUGUAAGUGAUGACUGCAAAAUUAACAAAAGAAGAGAGGGAGGAGUUUGUUUUAAUGUAUGGAAGGCCAGGCACAUCAAACUG